AUGCAACUUUUACUCCUGCCACUUCUGGCUCCCCGCAGCCCAUCGUUGCUUUUCGCCGAUCCUCGUUUGAUUCCCAUGUCACCCACUGCAUUUGAUUCCGAACCAGUUGUCGAUACGCCUAUGCAUAUGCAGCAGCAGCAGCAGCAGCCCAUUGCCUGUCUCAGCGAUGGCGACGACGAGGGUUGCAAACUACUUGACGGCUUUGCCAUUGUGGUGCAAGUGAGCUUGGCAACAACGGCCUUCUUGGUAUUACUCUAUAAACGCUGGCGAGAACGACCCCAACGACCUGUUCCCAUAUGGGCACUCGAUGUGAGCAAGCAAUUCAUAGGUGCUGGGGUCAUCCAUUUCCUUAAUCUGGCAGUGAGUUACCUUGUGGGAAGACCCAUGAAUGGCCCCAAGACCAAUUUAUGCGUAUGGUACUUUUUGAACGUGUUGGUGGAUACAACGCUUGGCGUGGGCGUCCUCUGGUUCUGGUUGCAUUCAAUUCAAUGGGUCCUUGAACGAUACUUGCAUGUCGAUUACAUUCGCAGUGGUCAAUACGGCCAGCCACCUCUUCGUCGUCGUAUAUGGCCUUGGGCACGUCAAACGAUUGUUUUUAUCAUUGCUGAAGGUCUCAUGAAACUAUGCGUAUUUAUCCUGUUUCGUUUGUGCCCCUUUUUGUUUGAUAUCGGCUCUUGGGCAUUGGCUUGGACACGUGACAAUUAUCGAUACCAGGUUCUUUUUGUCAUGUUCGUAUUCCCAUGCAUCAUGAACGCAGUUCAAUUUUGGAUCGUGGAUACCAUUGUCAAAGUCAACCCGGCUCUAGGAUACCAUGAUGUCAAGAGAUCUUCGUCACCCCCAUCAACGCCUACAACUCCUCGACAUCCCGAUGACGCCAUUGCGGUUUCUAUUAAUGAGCAGGAUGAGCGGACGCCUCUCCUUAGAUGA